UGGCGUCACCAAUGCUCGGCGCCUGCUUGCUCAGAUUCGCCGUAAGCUUGCACUGGCAGCUACGUGCCGAACACAAGCACGAAAACAUCCUCAGCUCCCCGUUCAGCAUAAGCACCACCCUUUUGAUGACCGUGUUCGGCGCCGGCGGCAACACUGCAAAGCAACUUUUCGGCGCUCUUCACCUCAAAGAAUGCGGUGACGACAAAAUAGACGAGAACUUCUCGAGUUUUCUAAACGGCGUGUCGAGCUAUGGCCCAAAUGUAUCCUUCCACAUGGCAAACGGUAUGUAUGUCGAUCGAGAGAUUAAGGUCCGUAAUCAAUAUCGGUUGCUUCUGAACACAUUUUAUAAGGCAAACAUCGAAUCGGUGGACUUUCGUAAGAACCCGGAGGCAGCCAGAGGUGAGGCCAACGCUUGGGUCUUCAAACAAACUGCGUCCAAGAUCAAAAACCUGCUUCCCUCCGGUAGCGUCAACAACGCUACAGUCUUCAUGCUGGUAAACGCAUUAUACUUCAAGGGUGUCUGGGAAUCGCCUUUCAAAGCAUCCUAUUCGAAACCUGGGAACUUUUCCGUCAGCCUCAAGAAGGACGUUGAAGUCACCAUGAUGCGCCAGGAGGGAAAGUUCAAAUUUGCCUAUGUUGACGACUUGAGUUCAAUCGCCGUGGAACUGCCGUACAAAGGAGGAAAGUGUUCGAUGAUAAUCUUCCUUCCGUACGAACUGGAAGGCCUGGAAUUCGUAGAGAAAAAACUGUCGGAGCCCCUGCUUCUCUCGGCAUUUGCACAGCUCUCCUUAGGCGACGUGAGACUAACCCUGCCCAAAUUUAAGCUUGAUCUUCGUGAAAAUCUCAAGCAUACCCUCGAAGGUCUCGGCGUUAAAGAUUUGUUCACGCCGAAAACCGCGGAUCUCUCUGGUAUCUUUGAGACCGGCAAGCCCUGGGUGUCUGAAAUCUUUCACGAGGCGUUCCUCCAAGUGGACGAGGACGGCACGGAGGCUGCCGCCGCUACGGCUGAGGUCGGCUACAAUAGCGCCCCGCCUGAACCAGGUUUAUUGACAGAAAUUGAGGUGGAUCAUCCGUUCCUGUUUGUGAUCAAGGACAACGAUCAGGACCUUCUAUUGUUCAUGGGAUCAUUUGUGGAGCCUGCCAACAAGAAAUAGCGUGCC